UCACACUUGGGCCGAAAUGCAAUGCCGAAUUGGAAGUAAACAAGUGAAAAUGUGUAUACAGACGGCUCACAUUUUACCAUACUAAUUCAUACGAGCGUGAUAAAAAUUAUCUAACAUCCUUUUUUGAUCGACAUCCUUUAUUCACACUGCGAACGCACGGAAAGAAUCAGCCGAAAAGUUCCAUGAAAAAAAUGGAGCUCUUGAGAGUAUUCUACUUAAGUCUAAUAUAUUUUCAAGCAAGUCUCGCUUUAGAGAUUGACCUUUAUCGACAAAGUUUUGACGAACAAGAGAACCGAUUCUUUUUUAAACCGCACCCAAAUCCAUGGGAUAAUAAUGACUCCGUUGCAUUAAACAAAUUCAUGAACUCGGAAUAUUAUGGAAUUAUAAAAGUUGGGAAUCCAGCAAAAGAUUUCAAAUUCAUUUUUGAUACUAGUUGGGCAGAUGUAUGGAUCCCAUCUCAACAUUGCGGUCUGACGGAAAUAGCAUGCAGGUUGCAUGCACGAUAUGAUGGUCUAAAAUCAUCUACGUACAAAGAAAAUGGUACAUUAAUUAAAAUUAAUGGAUCAAAUUAUUCCUUAGAAGGAAUUGUAUCCAUUGAUGAGUUUCAUCUACCUCAUCUACCCAUAAAAAAUCAAUCAUUCAUUGAAAUGACACACAUGUCAUGGAUUCCAUUCGCACUUCAAGCAGCUGAUGGGUAUAUUGGCCUUGGGUUUCAAAGUUUAAGCAACACUGGUACAACACCAUUAUUUUAUAAUUUUCGAAAACAAUAUACUAAAUCAUUACCAAUUGUAACAUUUUAUAUGAAUAGGGAUGCUACAACAGAUAAGGCGGGGAAAGUGAUCUUUGGAGGAGUGGACCGAAAACAUCUUAAUAGUAGUUUAACUGAAAUUCCUGUAAAGAAAAAAGAAUAUUGGGAAAUACAGAUGGACAGAAUGGUUGUCGACUUUUUUAAUAAAUCCUACCCUGUAUGUCAAACUGGAUGCACUGCUAUAAUCGACACUAGUACACAGGCUAUAACAGGACCACCAAAGGAUAUUACAAGAAUAAAUAACUUGCUGGAGGCCAUUGAAAUUUUUCCAUUUUGGCCUUAUAGAUACAUGGUUAAUUGUCGAGAGUAUGCUAAACUACCCGAUGUGGAAUUAGUUUUUCUUGGCAAAUCAUUUAUAAUUAAUUCAAGAUAUUACAUUGACCAUUUGACUUAUCAAGGUGUAGAAAUAUGCUUGUCGCCAUUUGUGCCUGAUCCAACUCUGGUCAAUAUUUGGGAAAUAGGAGGAGCAUUUUUAAUGCAAUUUUAUACAGAAUAUAAUUAUGAUAAAGGGACAAUCAGCAUUGGUAAAACUGUCUUCUGAAUAAUGAUUAUACUUUUGAGGGGUUUUCUUCAUAAUUUUCCCUAGAAUGUAUCAUUUCCAUUGUUUGUCCAUUUUCCAAAAAUUAAAAAUCGAGCUGUAGCCUU